GUGUGCGCAAAUUCACAAACCGGCCCGCUGAGUUGGUGGUUUCGGAAUCCCGAGACUUGAAACCCAGCGGGAAGACCCUUCUCACCGUCAAAAGAAGAUGACAGCCCGCAGAGAGUUAACUUCUGUUUACAUGGAACUCAGACAUCUUCUGCAAAUCAUGAUUUCAAGGCCAGAGAAUGGCAGGGGAACAGAAACCCUCAAGUAACCUCCUGGAGCAGUUUAUUUUAUUAGCCAAAGGUACCAGUGGCUCAGCCCUCACUGCUCUCAUAAGCCAGGUCUUAGAGGCUCCUGGAGUGUAUGUCUUUGGAGAACUUCUGGAGCUGGCCAACGUGCAGGAGCUUGCGGAAGGAGCUAAUGCUGCUUAUUUGCAGUUGUUGAACCUGUUUGCCUAUGGGACAUACCCAGAUUACAUAGUGUAUCCCCUACUCCGUGUUGCUGAAAGACCUGGAAAUGCGGAAUCUUCGGGAACUAGAAGACCUCAUCAUUGAGGCUGUCUACACUGACAUCAUCCAGGGCAAGCUGGACCAGCGAAACCAGCUGCUGGAAGUGGAUUUCUGCAUUGGCCGUGACAUCCGAAAGAAGGAUAUCAAUAAUAUUGUCAAGACCCUGCAUGAAUGGUGUGAUGGCUGUGAAGCAGUUCUGCUGGGCAUCGAGCAGCAAGUUCUGAGAGCCAACCAGUACAAAGAGAACCAUAACCGAACUCAGCAGCAGGUAGAAGCAGAGAUUGCUUGUUUUCAGAGGGAAAAACGUGAAGUCCCCCUCCUGAAUCUUAUAACAACAGCUUUCUUCUGGUUACCAACAUCAAGAAGACACUCAAAGCCACCGCAUCCUCCUCGGCUCAGGAGAUGGAGCAGCAGCUGGCUGAACGGGAGUGUCCGCCUCACGCUGAGCAGAGGCAGCCCACCAAGAAGAUGUCCAAAGUGAAAGGUCUGGUCUCCAGCCGCCACUAGGGCCGGCUGGGGCAGCUGGCACUCACCAGGCCUGGGUUAGAUGGGGAGGGGACACCAAGGGCCCAUUUCCUCCCCUCUCUACCUACAGUGAGUUCCAGACCUGCCCGUCCCCUCACCAGCGCCUCCCCACCCUGUGGUACUGUUCCAGAAAAACUGUUAACUCCCCCUCACCCACUCCCUCCUUCCCCAGUUGUUCCCUUCAGACUCAGGGGCUCCACCGAUGCCAUCCCAACAGGGUCAGACACUGCCCAGCUUCCCUCCAGGAGGUUCUUGUCUCUGUGUAAGGGCUUGUGUCCCUCCCAGUUUUUCUUUUGCUCCAUGUCAUUUUGUCAGGCUGGUUAUAAGCUGGAGGCAGCUUUAACCAGCCCCCAGGGAUGAUUGUGAAGGAGGCCCCUCCCCUUGUGAGGAGGGGGUGCUCCUCUCCAGCCCCUCGUACCACAGUCCUCAUGAUGGUGCAGCGAUCUCUAGCCAGGCGUCAAGAUGCGCUGCUUUCCCUCUCUUGCCUCAUCCCUUGUUGGCAGCUCCAGUUCAGGCCGUGGAGGGACGUGAUGCUGGGCUAUGUUUACUAAACCCACGGGUUUUCAGCCUCUUAAGCCCAGCUCCGGUCUCCAAUUAGUUGGGAGCGCUGGGUUGACUAACCUCUGGUAUCUGAGCACAGACAGAGGGUGCUGUGGGUCUGCUGGGUGGCAGAAAUGGUUCCUUCCAGCGUGGCGUUCUCUUCUGGCCGCUCCUCCUGCUGCCUCUGACUACUCAGCCUUGUUUUCGGUGUGUAGGCCCCAGCUGCCCACUGGAACUGCCGGCUAAUGCUUGCUCUCCCGAGAUCUUUAACUCCUCCUGGCUGCACCUGGGUAGGGAUGGUGGCACCGAUGCCCCUCUGUCUGCUGAAGGACCUGUUGCUGCUUCUGUCUUUUCACCCCUCCUUGGCUGAUGACCCAGAGCCCUCUGAUGAUGGCAUUCUCCUGGCAAGAGAAAAGGACUUAACUAGACUUCUGAACUUGAACAGUUUCAGGUUAUAUUUUAAUUUUUUUUUUGUACAGGUUCUGAUUCUAAUACAUUUCAACAUGGUUUUGUCCCUCCUCGUGUCAAUAUUUGUUAUAGACUAAUCGCCGGGGAUUUUUCACAUGGUUGGAGGGUGGUGCGUGCGUGUGUGUGUGUGUGUGUGUGUGUGUAAGGGGAGGUGGAGAUCCUGGACUGAUAUUAAAGUUCAUUGAGGAAAAAGCACAUUUUACAACAAACAAAUAAAGUGUAGAUUUAAUGUAUGUGACUGGGGUUUGGGGUGCAUAAGAUCUUGAAGGGCUGGGAUUAGGGUGGUUCAGGAAAAUGUGAUACUGUUUCCCCAUGUUUAGCCAUGGUCAAACAAUGGAUUUCUCCUUUUUCUAAAAUGUCCAGCAACUGCCUACUGUUGAUCAAAUGUUGAAGUAUUCUUGUUUCCUUUUUAAGCCAAUCCAUGUGCCCAUAUAACAUUAUGCCCAAGUGGAGAGUUCACUUUAAUUUCCAAAAUAUGUUUCAUGAAACCCCUUGUCAGAUACUCUGUGGAAAAGGGGUUCUGUUAUGAAAUAAAUGUGGCACUUCCUGC